AAAGAAAGUAACAAAGCUUUCCAACAAACAAAAAUCAAAAUUAUCUGAAGUUGUUUCUAUCAAAUUAAAGCGUCGAUCAUCAAAUACGGCUACUAAAAAGAAUGAUAAUUCUUCAAAUGAUAUUCAUUCUAUUGCUAAGCAAUUUAGAUAUCGCUUAUCAGAAGCUACUCGAUUCUUAACCAAACAACCUAAACAGAAACCUAGCAAUAACGACCCUGUUCAUAAUGUCACUAAUUCAAUCACUUCAUCUUUACAAUCACUCUCUUUAUUACCACAUACUACUACGAACAUGGAUAACUCGUUGUCUAACUCUGAUUGGUCAAAUACAAUAAAUUCAUCAUCAACACCAUCAUCUUCUUCAUCUUUGCGCAACCUUCGAUUACUUAAACAAUAUCUUACAUUUAUUUCUCGUGAAACAAAACAAAUUUCUUUUAAUAAAGAAGAUCAAUCCAUUCAACUCACACUUUCCACAGAUACAAAACCAAUUGAACCCAACAAUGAAGACGAGAAAUCAGCUCGUUUAGGAGCGACACUAAUUGAAUCUUUAGUUCAUGAUUCAUCUGUUCGAAUGGAGAAAGAACUUUAUCAUCAUAAAUACCUUCAUUAUUGUCAGCAUGGUCGUUAUGCUGCAACACAUAAAACAAAUCAUACUAAUACUGAUAAGAGACGUCCUGGAAGACCUCCUAAAGUACAGCUUGUAUUAAAUAACGAUAAAAUAGAACAACAACGUAUACAAAUGAAACGUAAAUCUAUUCUUCAACAGCGUCCUCCUUUAAGAAAGAAGAAAGAAGCUAUUGAUUGUAUUUGUGAUGUACCUCAUGAAGAAUUUGGAUCCAUGGUACAAUGCGACGAUUGUUAUCGUUGGCUUCAUUUAGAAUGUCUUGAAUUAAGUCAAGAAUCUUUAGAAGAAGAAACCUUUCGUUGUCCUUCCUGUUUCUUAUCACUUGGUUCAUCUACAAAUGAUAAAAAUUCAAAAUUACUUAGUUCAAUUACUUGGAGAUAUGCUGCUCAAUGGAAGAGUCAGCGUAUUGCUGCCUUAAACUCAAGUACAACUGAUGAUGAAUUUGAUGAUGAUGAAUUUGAGGAAGAAGUAGUAGAAGAAGAUCAUAUGGAAAUUGAUGAUAAACCUAUUUCAUAUUUUGAAAAAGAACAACUAUCACCCACUAUGAUUACAACUUCAACAGAGAUUAUUCCUACUUCAUCUAUUCUAUCAUCAGAAUCCGCUCUAUCUUCUUCUUCUUCUCCUCCUCCUUUGGAUGAUGAUGGCUAUUCAACUGAUUUACCUGGUCCUGAGACACCUACAGAUUGGCCAGACGUUUUGUCUGAGUCAAGAUAUAGUAGUACAAGUAGUCAAGAAACAAGUGAAGUAACAACGCCUAAUGAAAACUUGAAUUCAAACGAACCUUUUGAAUUUAAAGAUGAAAACAUGCUUAUUUUGGAUCCUGAAAGUUUAGAAAUUUUAUCUCGCUUAGCUCUUCUCCAAUCUCUUGAAUCAGUUAGAAAAGGUUUAUUUGCUCCUAAUGCAACUGACGUUUUUCUUGGUGAAAACUUAAGCAAUAAUUCAAUUGUACCUGACAUGAUGUCUCCUCAAGCAGUACAUCGAUAUGCUGCGAAUGUUCCUCCUUCUACUAUUUGUUCACAAGAUCUCACAGAAUUCUCAUUUGAUUCAGGGCCAUUCUGGGAACCACUUCUUUAAUUCAUUCACUUUACAAAAAAAAAAAGCUUAAACCCUAUAUCACCCUACUCCUCUUUCAUUCAU